CACACACACACACACACACACACACACACACACACACACACACACACACACACGCAUCACGCACGUUUGUCUGGAUGGAAUGUGACGCCAGAGCUGCCUGAGUGAAGUCUCGCGGAGUACAACACCGGCCAUCUUUCUCCAUUUAUAGCAGGACACUUUGUGCUUGGGUAGUGUAACCGAAAGUGUUGCGAUCACUUCGAUACAAGCCUACAAGUUUUUGGCAAGUUGAAUUUUGGUUUCCAAGCAUCCAAACUUCCAACAAACCGGACACAAGCCAUGUCUGUGUUUGCCGUUGCAAAGUUUUUGCGCUGACAUCCUUGUCCGGGUAGAUGCUUGUCUAAACUGUCGCACAAAUGGAAAUGGUGCCUAGCGAGGAGAACCAGUUCGUACCCAAAGAGAUCCAAAAUGCAGCUGAGGAGCCCAGAGUGCUGUGUAUUAUUCAGGACACCACCAGUGCGAAGACGGUCAAUGAGAGGCUCACCCUCAACCUGCCUGCUUCCACCACCCUCCCCAAACUUCAUGAAGAUGUCGCCCACAAAGCAGGAUAUGUGAAUGGCACUUUUGGCCUCGUCUGGGGGAAUACACCAGAUGCGGCACCACUGGACCACAGCAGUGAGAUGUCCCUCUUAGAUUCUGGAUUUGAGCCUGGUGGUAAGAAGAAUUUCCUACAGCUUACAGACAAAGAUGGAGAGCAGCCCCAGAUUGCAUCUGUGAGUAAAGAUGAGUCAGGAACAGCAGAUAGCAGUGGACUGGAUGACAGUUCCCAGGAGCGCUUCAUUGGACCGCUACCCAGAGACGGCGCUGCAGGCUGCAGUGGUGACUACAGCAGUCCAUCUUACUCGUACUCAUCCAUCCUCAGCAAAUCUGAGACAGGUUAUGUGGGCUUGGUCAACCAGGCUAUGACCUGCUACUUGAACAGUCUUCUACAGACACUGUUCAUGACUCCGGAGUUCAGAAACGCACUGUACAACUGGGAGUUUGAGGAGUCUGAAGAGGAUCCAGUCACCAGUAUCCCCUUCCAGCUGCAGAGGCUGUUUGUUCUGCUGCAGACCAGUAAGAAACGGGCGAUAGAGACCACUGAUGUAACGCGGAGCUUUGGUUGGGACAGCAGUGAGGCUUGGCAGCAGCAUGAUGUCCAGGAGCUGUGUAGAGUCAUGUUUGAUGCCCUGGAGCAAAAGUGGAAGCAGACCGAGCAGGCUGACCUGAUCAACCAGCUGUACCAGGGGAAGCUGAAGGAUUAUGUGCGCUGUCUGGAGUGUGGCUAUGAAAGCUGGAGGAUUGAUACUUACCUGGACAUCCCUCUUGUGAUCAGACCCUUUGGAGCCAGCCAGGUCUACGGCAGUGUGGAAGAGGCUUUGCAGGCAUUUAUCCAACCAGAAACCCUGGAUGGGCCCAAUCAGUACUUCUGUGAACGAUGCAAAAAGAAAUGUGAUGCCCGGAAGGGUCUGAGAUUUCUGCACUUUCCCUACCUGCUGACACUCCAGCUGAAGCGCUUUGAUUUCGAUUACACCACUAUGCAUCGCAUCAAGCUGAACGACCGCAUGACUUUCCCUGAGGAGCUUGACAUGAGUCCAUUCAUUGAUGUGGAAGAUGAGAAGUCUCCUCAGACAGAGAGCUGCACCGACAGCGGGGCAGAGAAUGAAGGCAGUUGCCACAGCGACCAGAUGAGCAACGAUUUCUCCACCGAUGAUUGUGUGGAUGAGGGCAUCUGCUUGGACAGCACUGGCAGUGCAGAGAGGGUAUUGAAGCCCAAGAGUUUGCUGACCUUUGAGCUGUUCUCCGUCAUGGUCCAUUCUGGGAGUGCUGCGGGUGGCCACUACUACGCCUGCAUCAAAUCCUUCAGUGAUGGCCAGUGGUACAGUUUCAAUGAUCAACACGUUAGCAAGAUCACCCAAGAUGAUAUCAGGAAGACAUAUGGGGGGUCCUCAGGGAGCAGAGGCUAUUACUCCAGUGCCUUUGCAAGCUCUACAAAUGCAUAUAUGCUGAUUUAUAGACUGAAAGAUCCCUCAAGGAAUGCAAAGUAUUUAUCUGUGGAUGACUUCCCAGAGCACAUAAAGAGCUUGGUUCAGAAAGAGAAGGAGUCUGAAGAGCAGGAGAAGCGACAGAGGGAGAUUGAGCGUAACACUUGCAAGAUAAAGCUUUUCUGCAUGCACCCUGUAAAAAUGAUGAUGGAAAGCAAGCUGGAAGUACACAAGGACAAGACUCUCAGAGAAGCAACAGACAUGGCCUAUAAGCUGAUGGAGCUGGAGGGAGUGGUCUCCCUGGACUGCUGCCGUUUGGUAAAGUAUGAUGAGUUCCACGAGUACCUGGAGCGCUCCUACGAAGGUGAGGAGGACACGCCAAUGGGCCUGCUGCUGGGAGGAGUCAAGUCCUCCUAUAUGUUCGACUUGCUGCUCGAGACACGCAGACCAGAGCAAGUGUUCCAGCCUUACAAACCUGGAGAGGUGAUGGUGAAGGUUCAUGUUGUGGAUCUGAAGACUGAGACUAUCGCCUCUCCAAUCAGUGUUCGAGCAUACUUGAACCAGUCGAUCACUGAAUUCAAACAGCUUAUUGCACAGGCUACAGGGCUUUCUGCAGAAAACAUGCGUGUGGUCCUUGAGCGCUGCUAUAAUGACCUCCGGCUCCUCUAUGUUCCAAACAAGACACUGAAAGCUGAGGGAUUCUUCAGGAGCAACAAGGUUUUUGUAGAGAGCUCUGAGUCAACGGAUCAUCAGGUUGCUUUCACUGACUCACUCUUGUGGAAACUGUUGGAUCGUCAUGGGAAUACGAUCCGACUCUUGGUCUUACUGCCUGAGCAGUCCCCUGGUACCUUGGCCAACAGAACUCUUUGCCAAAAAGUAGGCGGUGACUCUGAUGUCACCUUUGAGGGGUCAAAGGGUAACAGGAAAUCUGUCGAGGCUAUCCUUGAGGAGAGCACAGAAAAGUUAAAGAAUCUCUCUCUGCAGCAGCAGCAGCAGCAGCAGCAGCAGCAGCAGCAGCAGCAGCAGGGCUCCAGCACCAGUGACAGCCAGAAAAGCUCUGACGCCAGCGACUUUGAACAUAUUGAAUCCCCGACCCAGGAUGCUGACUCAAACUCUUCACUCUGUGUAGCUGCAGACAAUAGAGAGUUAGAGAACCGGAUCAGGGCCGCAGCUGGAGGAAGCAGCGGUGCCUCCUCCGACCCUGAGAACCACUUUGCCUGUGAGGAGCGCUCGGACUCUGAGGUGAACAAUGACCGCAGCACCAGCUCAGUGGACAGCGACAUCCUGAGCUCCAGCCACAGUAGUGAUACGCUGUGUAAUGCAGACAGUGGGCCCAUACAGCUGGCCAAUGGAUUGGACUCGCACAGCAUCACGAGUAGCCGUCGCUCCAAAGCGCAUGAGGGCAAAAAGGAGACGUGGGACACCGCUGAAGAAGACUCUGGGACAGACAGCGAGUAUGAUGACAAUGGGAAGAGCAAGGCUGAGGCACAGUACCUGUACUUCAGAGCAGAGCCUUGUUCUCAGGAUGACUCCACGUGGGAUGCACAAAAAUGUUUAGUGGUUCAUGUGGACAAGAGAAUAACAUUAGCAGCAUUUAAACAGAACCUGGAGCCCUAUGUGGGUGUCACCUCCACCCAGUUUAAGGUGUUUCGAGUGUAUGCCAACAACCAGGAGUUUGAGAGUGUUCGGCUCAAUGAAACACUCUCAUCUUUCUCUGAUGAUAACAAGAUAACUAUUCGACUAGGAAGAGCCCUGAAAAAGGGUGAAUACAGAGUGAAAGUGUACCAACUACUAGUGAAUGAAACAGAGCCCUGCAAGUUCCUCGUGGACACGGUGUUUGCCAAGGGCAUGACUGUCAGACAGUCGAAAGAGGAGCUGCUCCCUCAGUUGAAAGAGCAGUGCAAGCUUGACCUCAGCAUUGACAGGGUUCGUCUCAGGAAAAAGACAUGGAAGAAUCCAGGCACAGUAUUUCUGGACUACCAUGUCUAUGAAGAAGACAUCAGCAUCUCCUCCAACUGGGAAGUUUUCCUGGAAGUUCUUAAUGAACCAGAGAAGAUGAAGUCGAUGUCGCAGCUGGCUGUUCUCACCAGGAGAUGGAGCCCCGCUACGAUGAAGCUGGGGCCCUUCCAGGAAGUUAUUCUGGAGAGCAGCAGUGUAGAAGAACUCAAGGAGAAGCUUAGUGAAAUCAGCGAUAUUCCCCUCGAGAACCUGGAGUUUGCAAAGGGUAGAGGAACAUUCCCUUGUGAUAUCUCUGUGUUGGAGAUCCAUCAGGAUUUGGACUGGAACCCCAAAGUGUCGACUCUAAACGUGUGGCCUCUGUACAUCUGUGACGAUGGAGCUGUGGUAUUCUACAGGCAGAGCACAGAGGAACCUAUGGAGCUCUCAGAGGAUGAGCGCAAUGAGCUGAUGAAGAAAGAGAGCAGCCGUCUCCUUAAGACCGGACAUCGCGUCAGCUACUCGCCACGCAAGGAAAAAGCCCUCAAGAUUUACCUGGACGGAGGCCCUGCGAAGGACCUGGGGCAGGACUGAGGCGCAAAGCACCAUCCCCGGUUAUUUGGACCGUCUGGCUGCUGCAGCAGAGCAACCAGGCUGCGGGACUGAGUGUCGCGCCCGAUAGUUACUUGAACAUCAAGCAGCGCUGUGAGGCUGACAUGCUCUCACCCUCCACUCUGAGCCCCAGAACUGGCUCAGAAACCCUAUUGUGCACUAUAGUGUAUUGUACUGUAAAGUUUAAAGGGAAGUACGAAAGCUAUUGAAUACAGAAAAAAAAAAGAAUCAAAUACUGUAUAGACAAAUCAACCAGAGAUGGAUGUGGAGAUGUUAGGACUGGGAGCUAGGCUGGAGGGCAUCCAUUCUGUCAAUUUCAUUCUCCCGUCUCCUUUUCACAUCAGUCUAUUUCCCUGCGUGUCUCUCUUCCUGUUUCAGGAACAGUGUUGAUUCUGACUGUGACCAUCGUGUAAGUCUAAAUGCUCCCAUCGUUUGAGCAGAAACCCUCCGUACCUUACGUUGCUCAACCUCCUUUUAACUUUAAAACCAACAGCACAUACAACCAAGAACUACUUAUCCAGCCUUCCUCGGCCUCACCUCUUCUGGCGAGGCAAACCUCACUCUCUCAGUGACUUUGACAGCUUCAGAUGUCAUUCAUUCAUAAGAUCUGAAUCAAAAAAAGCAACAAUUACGAAUUUACAAACUGGAGUUUUUUCUGCUCCUCCAACGCUCCUAUAAUGCCAGAGUAAUGUGUCAUUAUGGGUCGUCCCUACUGCUGCUCUUUGUGCUUUAUAGGAGCUUUACCUCUGCUACAUCACUUCCACUAGAUAUAGUGAUACAUAGGCUAUGAUGGGUCCUUUUAAUACAAAUUACAAUGAAACAAAACCAAGUAGAGUAUGUUAAGAAUCUCCUUGUUUUGUUUUUGUUUGUUGUAAAUUAUUGUUUUGCUCCAGACUUGAUCAUUCGGUUAGGUCUCAUGAGGCACCAGGCACACAUCUGUAGUCUGUAUUAACCUUUAAUUUAGAAAAUGGAUUUUGUUUCUUUUUUGCACCACGAGAACUGGAUGUACAUCUCUGCUGUCAUCCAGGUCUUUGUAUGUAUGAGCGUGUGUUUGUGUGUAUGGUAUGUAUGUAUGUAUGUAUGUGUGUGUGUGUGGUGUUGUACUGAUGGGAGGGAGCUCUCUGGGUUUUUGGCAGAGAGUGCGAGGUUGUUUUUUGGCGCUUCUACCUGCUGCUGCUGCUUGAUUGACUGGCACCAGAGGGGCAUAGAAAGUCUGCUCGGGCAACUGGUCUGAGGACUGAAGCUCAGCAUCCCGGCCCCCAUCUGGGCUCCUGAUGCUGCCACCAGCUCUUCACUGUAGAAAUGCCAAUAUCUGAAGAAAAUCUUUUGUUUUUGUUGUUGUUGUCAUUGAUGUGUAUUUCUUUGAGAAUUAAAUCCUGUGUGAAAAUAGUUAAAGAUGAUUUUAGAAAAUAAUUAAAAUGCUUUUUUUCACAACUGCC